AUGCUUGUAAUGUGUUACAAUACAGUGCCCUCAUUUUCGGACUAUUGGUCACACAAUACUUCAACGGGAAAUGUUGCUAUAAAAAGAGCAAUUUCGAGAGAUAGGUGCAAAGGGUUACUUUCUAAACUGUACUUCAAAUUUCCUGAGAAACCAGACACAGCUGGUAAGCUUUACUACCUAGAGCCAAUAGUCGCUUGUCUGAAAAACACUUUUCAGAAAGCGAGGUCGAAAAGUACAGCACAGGGCAUUGAUGAGUCUAUGGUAAAGUUCAAAGGAAGAUCAGCCUUGAACCAAUACCUUCCUAUCAAGCCAGUGGAGCGCAGGAUAAAGAUAUGGAUGAGGAGUGCUUCUGUAACAGGCUACACAUAUGACUUCAAUAUAUAUUGUGGAAAGGAUCCAAAUAAUCAGGAUCGCACAUUGGGUGAGCGUGUAGUUCUGCAGCUCUCAAAAACAAUUAGAGACAUUAAUGUAAUGUUGUCAUUUGAUAGAUUUCUUACAUCAAUUCGUUUGAUGGAUACCUUGUCGUUUGCAGCUGUUGGUACAUGUAUGGCUAACAGGAAAAAUGAGACAAAGUCAACAAAGAAACUUGCUGGGGGGGAAUGUGAGUUCCUUUGCAAUUCGUCUGGUACGUUGGUGGUGGUAAAAGCAAAAGAUGGAUCUAAAUUGGUUGUAGACUGUCCAGUGGCACUGAAAACUUAUAACGACUAUAUUGGUGGCGUGGACUUGGCUGAUCGGAUGAGUACACUUGUUGUAAAUGCCUGGAUUUUACAAAAGGAAAUUCAACACAAGACAGUGCCACUAAAACAUUUUCUAGUCAACCUAGCAGAGCAGAUGAUUGGCAAGGGACAAAAGACUGCCAAUGUACAGCGGAAAUCCUCAACUGGGCGCCCUUCUAAGAGAACAAGAGUUAUGCGGAAUGUGGGGCUACACCGCCCUGAAGAAGGACCUACAAGUAGAAGGUGUGUUUUGUGUUCCAGCAAGAGCAAAAUCUAUAUGCAAAAUGUGCCAGCAUCCAUUAUGCAAAAAGUGCUUUGCAACAUUUCAUACGUAAUUAUAAUAAAUCAGACAUGUGUAAUUCUUUGA